UGGGACGUUUUUCAUUUUUGUUUCCAAUGCUCGCAACGAACAACCAACCAACCAGUAAAGGAGGGAUAAAACCAAUAAAACAAUCAAGGAAUUGGAUUGGACAAAUUUGUUGAACAGGAUUAUUGUUUAAAAAACAUAAAAAAAACAGGAUUUGGAAGACAUUGAUAACAAAUGGUACCAUACCUGGUAUAUGUAUAAAUAAUGCAAUUAAUUCUAUGUGUAAGUGAUUAUUGGCGAAAAAGAGAUUAUUAUCAAUUAAAUCCCGAAGACAGCAACAAUAACAAAUUAUCAUAUGGAAUAAAUGUCAUAACUAAGAAUGUCAUUCGGGAGAACACCGCAAAUGCCUCAGGGCAACGACAAUGCAGGACAUUGAGGCGAACUUUGAUCUGCAUAGAUGGCAUAGCAUUCUAUUAUUUGCUCAAAGAGCUGCUUAAUUUCAAGGAAUAUAGGCAAAUACUAUGUACCCAUCCAGCUUUAAAAGAUACUCAGCUAUUGUGGCUACAAAUUAUACCACCUGCCAAAGACAUCAUCGAUUAUAGAUGGAAUCGCAUGUUGGCCCGCAAAUUAUGGGAGAAAAUUGAAACCGAUUAUCUAAUGUCAUGGCUAUCCACAUUGGGUGGUGGCUAUUCGGCAUUGGGUGAACAAUUUUCCGAAUGUGCUCAAGUAGCCGGUAAAAUUUCCAGAAAACAGCUACUCAUUGGCAUCCAACUAGGUGAUCCAUUCCUGCAAUCCCGCUGCUUACUUUAUUACAGCAUAUCGCUAAUACAAACUGGACGUUUGCGAACUGCCAAAUAUAUAAUACGUUCACAGUAUGCCUUUGCUCGAGCCAAUGAGGAAACCGACAGCCGUUUGGUGAAAAUGUGUAAAGGCAUAUGGCUGAGAUUACAAUAUGAAUAUAGUCUGCGAUUGCAGAAGCGAGGAAAAGCAGUGCCGUAAUGGUGAAACAUGCAGGAUGUAUUUAGUUUGGCCUAGAAAAACAACAAGACGUGCAAAAGAUAUAUUCCCAAACAGUCUAUAAUGCACCAACAUUUAGUGUUAAGAGCUAGCGGCUUAAAACUCAGGGGCUGUAAAAAAUCAUUGAGUACUUUGUUAAUUGUUUAUGUAUUAUUUCCCCCCGAAACAACGACAACAUCAUCUAAAAUAAAAUAAGCUAUAUUCUUGUAAAACGACUUCUUACGGGAGGAAUUUAAGUUUUUUAAAAUCUGAUCAAAAAUUAAACACUUUAUUUGCCACAUA